UCGGGCGAACAAAUGUCUCCUCGCAGAACUCUCUUCACAUCCUUCAUCACUGCGGGCCGGGACUCGGUACUGGACCGGGUCACUCCGCCUUUACUCCACGAAGACUUGCAUGCUCUGUUGCAACGGGACCGACAUCGAAAGGAGCCCCCCUUGGGCGGAAGCGACCCUCCGUGCGCGAUCGUGGAGCUCCGGCUCAGACCUGCAUCCAGGGACGCACUACACUUCCUGCAGCCGGACCAGAGCGCCGUGGAGCGGGCACAGCGGCGACGGAGACUCGCAGCAAACGCCCGUGAACGAAGACGAAUGCUGGGCCUGAAUGUGGCCUUCGACCGACUACGGAGUGUCAUCCCGAACCUGGAGAGCGACAAGAAGCUGUCCAAGUCCGAGACCCUACAGAUGGCGCUGAUAUACAUCGCUACGCUGAGCGACAUUCUGCGGACGCCAACAGACUCUGACCCCGCAGAGAAGACUGGAGCAUCGGAGAGUCAGGAGGAAAGCAGGGGGUUAGGGCAGGACGUGUGGGAGAGAAGAAGCGGCAUCAAGUGAUCGCCUUCCUCCAGAUCUGCCAACGCUGAUGAACAUUUUAAUGUGAAAACACCUUACUGAAGCCUGUGUUUCAAUGUUUCAUACCGAUAUAUUUAAAAUAAAACGUCAUUU